CGCGGCGACAGAGCGCAUUUGUAAGCUUAUCUCCAAACCUAUCUAUCACGUAAAAACGGCACAGCCAUUCGCUUCACCAUUUCCCACCACGCCUCAUCCGCCAUGGCCGCCUCCUUCCUCCGCCCUCUCCUCCCUCCCAAACCUUUCCUCUCCACCCCCAAACCACAAGUCCCUAUCGCCCCCAUCACCGCCGUACGCUGCACCGCGGCGCCCAAACCGACCACCUCCACCCCUAAGCCUGCCCAGCAAGAGGUAGAGGACAACCAGGAGCAAGAACCCACUCCCGACGAGGCCGACGCCAACCCCCACCGCAUCCCCGACGACGAGACCCCGCCGUCGGCGACUGCGACCACCUCCUUCUCGGUGGUCCGGCGCGUGCCGUCGGCCAUCUCGACGGACGGCCGCCUCCGCCGGACGGCGCUGACGCAGGAGGAGCCGCCCAACUACGAGAUCGGGUGGAAGCGCACCAAGAAUCUCCCCCUGGAGAAGCCCAAGGGGUGGGCCAUCGCCGACUUUCUGGAGAAGCUGGAGGGGCUGAUGGAGCGCGGGCGGUACGGGUCGGGCGCGCUGCUGGGCACGGUGGCGGGCGUGGUGACGGAGCGCGCCCGGGAGGAGGCGGAGAUCCUGAUGGCCGAGGGCGGCGUGGACGAGCGCGUGGCGACGGAGCUCUUCCGCGUGCUGCGGCUGGUGGAGAUGGACGUGGAGAUGGUCAAAGCCGCCGUCAAGGAGGAGACCGUCAAGGAGCGCGUCGAGACGGCGCGCGCGCGGUGCCGCCAGGCCAUCCUCGUCGCGCUCUCGCUGUGACCGUGCACGCGCGCUUAGGGACGGGUGUAAUCACGUCUAAGUAUACUGCUAGCACUUAAUGCGGUGCAUCCAUCCAACACGUAGAAAUUUUGUUA